AUGUCUGCUGACGCUCUUGUUUCUUACGCUGCCCUGAUUCUGGCCGACGCUGAGGUCGAGAUCUCUUCCGACAAGCUCAUUGCUAUCACCAAGGCCGCUGGCUCUCCCGUUGAGCAGGUCUGGGCUGAUGUCUUCGCCAAGGCUCUUGCCGGCAAGGACCUCAAGGAGAUCCUCUUCAACAUUGGUGCCUCUGGCCCCGCCGCCGCCGCCCCUGCCGCUGCUGCCGCUGGCUCUGCCGAUGCCCCCGCUGCCGAGGAGGCUGAGGAGGAGAAGGACGAGUCCGAUGACGACAUGGGCUUCGGUCUCUUUGACUAA